UUGUUAACAAAUGGAAACCCAAAUUUGAGCCUCUGGAUAAAGAAUUCUGUUCAUUUAAGACGGUUAACCUCAUUCGUUUUGUCUUGCAAUUUUAUUCCCGUUUAUAGUUUAUUGUAUAACACAGCAAUGGUUUUAAAGAUUUCUUUUUCGGUAUUAUAUUUUAUACUAGCGGCUAGCUGUAUGCAUCCGAAUCUACCUGAAGGAUCAAUUUCAGCUGCACCUGAAUCUCACGGUUCAUCUGUUACUGUAGGAUCAAGUUCAGCUGAUCCUAAUGAUGCGGCCAUAGAAUACGGGUUCAUGUUAUGUAGACAGUUGGCAAGCAGAUACAAAGAUUACUUAGUUGAUCGUGUAACAAGAUACCAAUUUUGCAAGUACAUGGGUGGCAAGGAAAAAGAUUAUGUUAUAGUCGAUGAGUACUUAAAGAACUUUGAGAGUCUGCAAGUUGGAAAAAAAGAUUGGAUAGGCUUAGACGAAUUUAACCUACUUUUUAAGAACCAUAGCAUCAAUAAAAACAUACCCCUAGAAGAAUUCGUUAAACAGAGGAAUAACGAAGCGUUAGUAACGUUACCAGCAGACCAAGCACUUUGGAAAAAAUACAAAGACUAAGAAAACAGGAUUGGCCUGACCUUAAUAUGUUAAUAAUAUUUCAUGUUAUAGUAUCAUUUUUAAUAUAAUUAUCGU